AUGCGCGAGUACAAGAUCGUUGUCCUUGGCAGCGGCGGCGUUGGUAAAAGUGCCUUGCAAGUCGAAGUCGAUGGGCAGCAAUGCAUGUUGGAAAUCUUGGACACUGCCGGAACAGAGCAGUUUACUGCGAUGCGUGAUCUUUACAUGAAAAACGGCCAAGGUUUUGUUCUUGUCUACUCGAUAACGGCUCAGUCGACGUUCAACGAUCUCAUAGACUUGAGGGAUCAAAUUCUUCGCGUUAAAGACACCGAUGACGUGACCGCUUGUGAUUUUAAGGUUCCGAUGAUUUUGAUCGGCAAUAAAUGCGACUUGGAGGAUGAACGGGUAGUCGGCAAGGACCAAGGUCAAAAUCUUGCCCGCCAGUUUAACUGCGCUUUUUUGGAAACAUCCGCGAAAGCGAAAAUCAACGUGAACGAGGUAUUCUAUGAUCUCGUAAGACAGAUCAAUCGUCGUUAUCCUGAUCCAAAGCAGAAGCGGCGACGUCAGAACAAGAAAUGCUGCGUUCUCUGA